GAAAUUUAAACGUUGAUUAUACUUAGUAUAGUUGCUAUUGUACUUGUCAAAUAUUUCCAAGUACUGACCUCCCCUUCACGGGGGAGGCCACCUCACAGUUUCAGGUAGAACUUGAAGGUUGCUACCGGCGCCCGUUGCUUCGGGGAUUUUCAAGGGAGAAGACGUGAAAUGGAACGUACCGGGAAGGUUACUCGACGGAACCCGACUGGCCAAGCACCGGGAGGAUCCCAACGUGGCAGUCGGGGAGGAUAGAGGGUGUCUAGGAGACCAGGCCGUGCAGGCCACUCGCUGACCGUUAGUGACGGUCAUGUGGAAACUAUCGACGAGCACUAUGAGUCCGAGGAGGAUUCAACCUACCGACCGGGAACUGAGCCGGUUGAGACCCCAUAUGAUGGGGAAUACGAUGAUGCAAGUGACGAGAGCGAUGAUAAUGAAGCUCUCGAACGGAUUGAGGAAUUGCUCCGGCAAUACCACCAAGAUCGCCAAAGGCGCCGGGCAAGACGUGCUUUGGAAGGGGCUUCAAGAAGAGGAAGCCAUGUAACUCCCCGGGAGAUCAUAGAAUCCUGAGGAGGGGGAGGUGCUGAGGUCCCUAUAAUAAGGAUCUCAAAGUACCUCAAGGAGGCAAGAGACUUGGGAUGUAAACCGUGUGAUGGAACGGGGGACAUCUCCGUGGUGGCCGAGUGGAUCAAAAGAUUCAACGAGGCGGCCCUCGACAUGCAACUACCACCCCACAUGAAGGUGAGGGUAGCCACGAGGCUACUAGAAGGCAUGGCGUCCACAUGGUGGGAUGGAACAAAAGGGAAGUACGGUGAGGCCGUCACUUGGGAGAAUUUCAGACAGGAGUUCUUCAGCCAAUACUACUCCGACUUCGAGGUGAACUUGAAGAGGAGGGAGUACACGAAUUUGACCCAAGGAGGUGAAUGUACGGUGAAGGAACUUGAGCACAAGUUCAGAAAACUUGCUGAGUUCAUACCGGAGUACAUUUGUGAUGAUAACCGGAUGGUGAACCAUUUCUGGGAUGCCUUGGACCUUGACAUACGCGAGAGGGCAACACAAUUGCCUAAUAUGAUGUAACACCGCCCCCGAGUAUUUGUAC